AGAAUCUGGCAUCUCUGAUUUCGACCGUAGGGCAACCUAACCGUAAUUGCUUAUGCUAUGUGUUUCCCUCUACAGUAUUCUAGUUUGUUCUGCAUUGUUUAAUUUCGUGGGAGGAUGAGCAAUUGUUUAAAUAUUUCCGUGGGGUUUGUCGUAAUGACGUAAUACUGGGAAAUCUAUUUACUAGUGUUGCAUCGAUAUGACGCUGUGCUGCGCUACGAACUGUCCGAAUCGUUCUUUUCAGAAAGUUAUGAAAAGAAUUCCGAAAGACAAGGAGCUGCGGGCAAAGUGGAUACAUCAGAUUAACAGGCCAAAUUUCAAGUUUGGCCCGAAUCAUUUCAUUUGCGAGCUUCAUUUCGCACCUACGCAAUGGGAAAACAGAGCCGCCCGGCGGCUAAAGAAAGAUGCAGUGCCUACAAUUUUUUGCCACUGUUCCAAAAAAAGAUUGCACGGCAAAUUAUUCGAAAAAUUAAUCGAUGACCACCGCUAUUCGUCGUCUCCGCUUCCAGCUACAAGAGUGUUUUCACCUGCACGAACAGUUACAGAAUUAAAUCAUUUAUGUUAUGAUGAGAAAGAAAAUCAAAAAUACAAAAACCUGAAGAAAAUAGGUAGACCAUCAAAAGGAAGUGGACUUGAACAUGAAGUUGGUUGUCCCAUGAAGCUUCGUGUAAUAGAUCAUGAUUACACAAUGAUGUUACCCAUUCACACUGUCAGAAAUGGAAUCAUACCUAUCACAAACAAAACUGAGACUGUUUCAAAAGAGAGUGCAAUACAGAAGUCAAACAUGGAAAAUGCUCGUGUUAAUGCAUCAGUAAAAAUGCCCUUCAAUAAUUCAUUGAUAAAAGAAUCUCCUAAUAAUACAAUGGCAAAACUGUCUUUCCUUACUCCUGAAAAGAGUCUUACAGAGCAUUUAUCUAAUAAUGCAAGCAUGGACUUUGAUCCUUUGGAUGAACAUUCUGUUGGCACAAUAGAAAUUUCGUGUUCAACAUCUGAUGUAGAAAAAUGUGGAAGAAAUGAUAAUAUUACGAAUAAGUUAAGAAAUGAAGUUAUCAGGUUGAAGAGGGAAAAAGCUGUAUUCAGAGUUCGGCUUUCCAGGCUCCAAAAGAAAUAUGACAGUCUUACCAAAUUGUUGAGUGGGAAAUUUGGAUAAGAUUAGAUAGAUGCUUUACUUGUAGAAUGUAUCAAAGGAAUAUACUUAUUGCAAAAAUUGAUGAUGCAUGACAAUUAAAAAAUAAUUCUUGCUGAUGUUACGUAAGAUGCGAUAUCGGGAUUCCCCAAAUUUCAGGACUAGUCGAGUCACGUUAUAUUACCUUAGACGGGGAUGUAGGAAAGAACAAUUUUUAGAAACGGCAAUGUAGGUACUAAACGUCCCUUC